AUGCAAAGUGUGUCUGCUGAGGAAGCAUAUCUAAAGGAUGAUCGGAACUCUACUAUAGAUGAUGUUACUAGUCAGUUACCCGUGACGGACGGCAAAAGCACCAAAAAUGGAACACUGUUAGAAAAGCUUGGAGUGCAGCUUGACCAUGAAGAUGUAGGAAUGAAUACGUCGUCCGAUGAUAAGAGUACAUUCGAAAAGCCACCGCACUUUGGAAACCAAGUGGCAGAUGAAGCUAGAAGUAAAAAAGGUGGUGGAGGUGGAGGCAAAAUGAACGUAGGCUAUUUCAUAGGUCUAAUGAAGACAGUAAUCGCAACCUACCUGAUAGCAGGUAUCAAGAUGUUAGUCUUGAAGUCGCUUAUAGUGGCAAAGACGGCCUUGUUGGUUUCAGCCUUGCUACUGAUCGCGAAGAUCUUCAAGCAUGAGCAUCACGAGGAACCAGGCUAUAUCGAAGUGGAACACCACGGUUCCGCUCCUAUACCAGCUUACGAAUACCCGCCUUCAGGUUACAGUCAUAGUGGUUACGGUAAAAGCUUCGAUCCCACAGGAUCUGGGUCUGCACUUUCUUACUCCACAGUUGAUGCUCCAACCAGUAACAGCUCGGCCUCAAGACCUGCGUCCAGGAGACGGGGGGAAAGCAGAAAGCGGCCGACUCUAUUGACUAUUACCAGAUUCUCAAAGAAAGAAGAUAAUGGAAUCAUCUAGACUGAGUAAACGGACGUUGCAAUCUAGUCAGAAUGCUCGAAGGGAACUUCUAUAAGCUGACGAAGUUUUUUAACUGUUUGUUGAUAAAUCCAUUUCCUGCUUGCAUGUACAUAUACUUGUGUACCGUUGAACGAAAUAUUCU